AGGCAGAGAGCACUAUAAAUUAAAGACCUCAGCCACUCACUCUACAUAGCUUCCUUGUUCCUGUCCAUUGCUGUCUCUUCAGAACCAGAUUACCUGGAAACCAUCAUGGACUCACCAGGCGCGGCACCCACACAGUUCCUGCUUGAUCUUUUCAAAGAACUGAAUAAAAGAAAUGAUGGCAACGUUUUCUUUUCCCCCGUGGGCAUCUCAACAGCCAUUGGCAUGAUCCUCCUAGGGAGCCAAGGAGUCACUGCCUCUGAGCUACAGAAGGUACUUUACUCUGAACACCGCACAGAAAGCUUCAGGAUUAAGUCUGAAGAAGAAGAGAUUGAGAAGAGAGAAGAAAUACAUCAUCAAUUCCAAAAGCUCUUGAAUGAACUAAGUGAAUUUUCUAAUGACUAUGACCUGACCAUAAGCAACAGGCUAUUUGGAGAAAAAACAUACCUCUUCCUUCAAAAAUACAUAGAUUAUGUUGAAAAAUAUUACCAUGCAUCUCUGGAGCCUGUUGAUUUUGUAAAUGCUGCAGACGAAAGUCGAAAGAAGAUUAAUUCCUGGGUUGAAAGCCAAACAAAUGAAAAAGUCAAGGACCUGUUUCCAGAAGGCUCUUUAAACAGCUCCACCAAGCUGGUGCUAAUAAAUACAGUUUAUUUUAAAGGCCUGUGGGACCGAGAAUUUAAGAAAGAACAUACCAAGGAGGAGGACUUCUGGCUGAAUAAGAACAUAAGUAAACCUGUGCAGAUGAUGGCCCAGUGCAGCUCCUUCAGCUUCACCAACUUAGAGGACCUGCAGGCCAAAAUUGUGGGGAUUCCAUAUAAAAACAAUGAUAUCAGCAUGUUCGUGCUUCUGCCCAAUGACACAGAUGGUCUGGAGAAGAUAAUCAAUAAAAUAUCUCCUGAGAAGUUGGUGGAAUGGACUAGCCCUGGACACCUGGAGCAAAGGAGGGUGGACCUGCGCUUGCCCCGCUUGCAAGUGGAGGAGACCUAUGAUCUGCUACCCGUGCUGGAAGCUGUGGGCAUUCACAGUGCCUUCAGUGAGCAUGCCGACUACUCGGGAAUGUCUGCGCGUUCUGGGCUACACGCCCAGAAUUUCCUGCACAGAUCGUUCCUGGUGGUGACGGAGGAAGGCGUUGAGGCCACUGCAGGCACUGGAGUGGGCUUCAAGGUCUUGUCAGCUGAGAGCUGCGAACUUGUGCACUGUAACCAUCCAUUCUUGUUCUUCAUCAGGCACAGAGAGUCUGACAGCGUUCUGUUUUUCGGCAAGUUUUCUUCUCCCUAAGAUAGUCAAACUGUACCACUAGAGCACCAAGCGGCACUCAGGGUCGACAGACUGUAGGGUUCAUAAAUGCGCUGCAAAGUCCGUCCUUUGCUUGUGCUCGGACCCAGUAUAUUUUCAUAAUUUGUUUGAAAGUGGAUCUCAAUCAUGUGUGCACCACUCAGGAGGCCAGUCAGCUUAAUCUCAGUUCUUACCUUGUUUUCCUUCAAAAAUCCAUCAGUACCAGGAGCAUGCCCUGAGGGAGGAGUGCGUUUUUUGUUUGUUUGUUUUUGUUUGUUUGUUUUGUGUUUUUAAAUGAAGAGUAUGGACUCUACGGAAGACUUUAGGGUUCAUCCACUUCUAUUAUCUUGGCUUUUUGUAAGGCACCAGCAAAAACAACAAUUUACUAGCUAAUGUGUUUCUUUUUUUCCUUUCCUGUUAGGUACUG